GUUUCCUCCUAAACCCUAAUCCUUUGUAGCUCUCUGAAGCGCAUCGCUGCGUGGCCGGAAUAUCAGCACAUGGACCUCGUUUGAUCGCACAACCGACCAGUUACCCAUUAUUUUAAUUUAUCCAAGGGUUGGUACUGUGUAUACAUAGUAACAGGGUGAAGACGGCCGGAGCGCUGGACGCUACGGAAAAUCUCCUGCUGAAACUGACCACAGUAGUCACGACUGACCACAGGUCAAACUGGACAUUGACAGUUUCCGGCUCGCUAAACAUUAGCCCUGGUAUGCGCAGAGAGGAGAGUUUAAUUGAAGCUCAAUAUAGACUGUUAUAAAGAUGGAAUUUCGUUGUAUCCUCAUGUUGUGCAACUGGUCUGGAUGUUAAAAUUGAUUGAAUGUGAUUUAACAACAAAAACCAAGAUGUGACGUCGUUUUUGCGUCAUACUUUUUUCAACACCACCACUCACAAAUAAACGGGAUGUGAUAACAGUAACAAAAACAAACGUUUGGUGGUGGUACUUUACAUAUUGAACUUCGUUGUGUGUUAGGUCUAUAACACUAUUAAGCUUAGGUUAUCGCCAUGACAGUUACCCUACUCGGAAACAGGGGAUCAUCCCCCAAACAUAUCAACAUUCCUAGGAAUUUACGCAAGUUACAGCACAACUUCAAUGAUGCGCACGCACCCCGAUCGGGAAGAAUGCUUCCGGUUCCACCAAGUAAACCACCGGAAGCCCAUACUGGUGCUCGUCACACACGUGCCUUGCCGAAAGUCCCCCGACCCAUGGGAACGUCGGUAAACUCAAUAUCGGUGAACAUCCUCAGCAGUACCGAUACGGUGGCUCUCCAGGGCCGUGACGUCAACCCUGCUGCAGUCCCCACAAUUCCUCGGCAUUCACGUCAGCUUCCGAAACUGCCAGCCGCGGGCGGCAAGACGCAGGAGCGGAAGCAGUUUAUGUUAGAGAUGUACCGUGCGGAGGGUGAUAAGUUUGUGGUAGAAGCAGAGUACGAAAAAGCCAUGGAUUCCUACAGCUCAGCACUAAAACUUGUUCCUGACAACAAGGAGACUUUCGUGGCCAGGUCACGCUGUAAUCAGCUGCUGGGCCGAAACCGGAAGGCGAUGUUAGAUGUGGACUCCGCAUUGGCCCUAGAUCCGCUCUGUCAUGAGGCACUUUUCCAAAAGGCUGAAUUGUUGUUCUUAGAACGGAAUUAUGAGUCGGCAUAUAAAUACUACACCAAAUUAUGUAAACAGAGACCGGAUGUACGUAAGUUCCAGGAGGGAUUGGACAAGGCCACCGACGCCCUCAACAACACUUCCGGCCGACGAAGGCAGAUGACACAAGCAGGAGAUUUAUCUAAACUGGGUAACAACUCCAAGAAUCGCAAGGAUCCCAUCCGAAGACGAGAGAGAAAUAACAUAGCAAAGUUGUCUCCUAUUGCUAACUCUGUAGAGAGAGAUGCACCAACACCAACCUUUGCCCAGAGACAACAAAACCCAUUGGUCCGCAGGGAACAGGGGCGUGGCUCAAAUGAAAAUCUGAACCACGCCCCAGUCACGCCUACUAACCUUUCGGGUGAGCAGGAUGUGACGGAGAAGCGGAUAAAGGAAGUGUUGGGGAAAAUGUACAGUGAUAAGAAGUACCUAGAGAAACUCAUCGAGCAGACAGACGUGCCGCGCGGUAGUGUAGAUCUUACCAACAUGGCAGAGACGGGUUUAAACUUUCUGUACGAUCGUGUGUUGUACUGGGUACGACAGGGACGCAUCAUUCCCCCUGAGGCUCCCACCACACGACCCUCUACUUACAAAUCCCAGAGCAACGCCAGCACAGUGAAGAUGAAAUCGGCAAAUACACACAAGGAUGGCAAGGAAACAAAAGAAAAAGAUCCAAUGCCACCUGGUUCUUGGUUCAGGUAUCUUGAUAAGAAAAAAGCCGCCGAGGCUAACACUCGAAAAGCCAAUCCUCCUCAGUUCCUUCACGUCCUUGAAGGGCAAAAAGUACAUUUAAAGGAUACUGUGGACCCACAGCGUUCUCAGCGACCCGUCAUUCGGCGACCCAAACAGGAAAACACCCUUGGCAGGAGAAGGAGGAACAACACACUCAAAGAUAAUAUUAGUCAGCAUCACACUUCAUCUGACUCAGACUCCGGCCUCAACAUUAGCUUUAGCACUUACAAGGGCCACAGUGACCUUGACCUCAAGUCAAAUGGAAGUGAACGACGCAUGUGUCAAAAUGUUACGGAGGAAACUCGGAGUCCUGAAAAUACACUCAAACCCCCCAAUGCAAGCACAGACAUGUCCAAAUACAAUCGGGGCCGGCGUCGAAUCAGACGAGAACCAAUCAUUUCUUAUAUAAAUAAAGUAAUGGAGGAUAUUGAAUUUGCCUACGUAGAGGGAAAAUAUUCCGAAUGCGCCAGGAAAGCUGAAUCUUGUUUGAACACUAUGAACAGUUACAAGAUGGAUGAUAUCCCGAACGUGACGUCAAUUACUGCCAAGAUUUACUCAUACAUUGGAAACGCUGCCAUUGAGAUGAGGGAUUACGUCACUGGUCUCGAAUACCACAAACGGGAUCUCGAAAUCGGCGAGAAAAGCAAUGAUUCGGAAGCGAUAUCACGUGCCCUUGGAAAUCUCGGGAGAAUCUACGUGUUCCAAAGCAAGCACCAGAAGGCACUGGACGUAUUUUCCCGGAAGAUACAGUUGUGUACUACCCGAGUCGAGUCUGCAUGGCUGUACCACGAGAUUGGCAACUGUUUCCUGGUCCUGGGGCAGUAUGAGUAUGCCCGCGAGGCGGCGCGGCGAUCGGUGGAGGCGGCGGAGGAGGCACUCGACUGGAACUACCAACUGCAGAGUUCAGUUCUCCUAGGAGUCGUAGAAGUUAAGCUGCGUCAUUACCAUGCAGCUUUCAACACUUUCGAGAAGGCAAUGGAUCAGGCAAGAAUGCAAGGCGACACCAAAGCGGAAACUGCAAUUCGUGAUGCCUUGAACGAUGUAAACGACAAGAUCGUUGAAGAACUUAAAACGAGGUCAAGAUCACAGGCCGACUUCACAAGGUCAAGAGGAGACUAUGCUAAAUCUCGAGCGGAGUGGUCUGACUAUUCUAGUAUUUAUAUCCCAGAGGACGACGGUGACGUGUCAUUGACCGAAACCGGAUAUGACACAGAAAAUUUACAACUUGAACUUGACCGUCUGAGGAGUGACCUUGACACUGCAAUGUUUGGAUCAAUAGCACAAUUACAAGAAGGCGGAAGAAGAUCUGGUGGCCACGUGUCCUCAGAGCUCAGAAAACCUUUGCAAAAUGUACAAAUGUCAGGACGCAAUUCUGUCACAAACUCUGUCAUCAGAUGCAGCACAGCCCUGGCAUAGGUGUACAUUACGUCAUCAAAAUAUGUGCAAAGUUAUUAGAAGCAAGGCACUUAGUUUUGAUUUAAAACAUUAUGGUUUUUGAAAAGAGUUGAAGAAAUUAGUGCUGCACUUCCAUAAGUAAUUAACAACGACAAGCAUUUCGUAGAAAUGUGAGAAAGGACAACGAAAUGGCGGCAUGACUGAUAUUAAACUUGUAUAUAUUGAACGCUACUUUCAUCGGGACAAGAUGUUGAUGGUCGUUAAUUCAAACACUAGUUUACCUUUUGUGUCAGAGUGACGUCUAGAACGUUGAUGGCGUAUUCAUCAACACUUUCCCUGAUGAUAGAGUACACGGGUCUAAUUUGUUUUAUAGAAUUAUAGCAAUGAUGGAUGUGCCGGUCUGUUAGUCCUUCUAACCAAGGGGGGACUAUUUACAUAUCUCAUCACAACAGGAGUUGUGUGUAUUUUAGAUGGUCUUAAUGUUUCGUUUCGCAAUUAAGAUUUCUAAAACAAUAUGUUUGAUAUGUAAAAGCAGAGACGGAUAUCAUCUGACGGCACUACUUUGUCCGUUUGAUAAUGUAGUUUCAAUGGUGGAUACACUACGUGUGAUUUUAUGAGUUUCGUUAACCAUAUUUCGAGCUAUUUUCGAUCACCUGGUCUAAAGUUAUUAUUGACUUUAUCCAGUUAUUCGUGUACAGUUGGCAACACAUAUCCAAAGACCCUGGACCGAUUUUAUAAUUACUGAUACUUUCGGUUUUUGGAUUUUACACGAUCUUCGGUUCAGGGUCAAAAGUCAUGGUAUACUGCAUGCUAUACGUGUAAUCCUGUCUAAUUCUAACCUCCAGAACCACGGGCUUACACCUGGUCGUUUACAGGGAGUGGUUGCACUGUUUUCUGGAAGUGUUCGUUUAGACAGGUUUGAACCCGAUACGUGCAGUCGUUACAGUGCAGAUAUUGUUCCAACAAGUACACAUUUUCGCAACGAAAGCAUAAAGCAGGCGAUAUCACACAUCUGAAGAUCAACACCAACGUUAAAAUGGAUUACACCUACAGAGUAGUUCAUCGUGAUCUCGAUGCCAAGCACUCUCCUCUUUCAAACACAUUUGUUUUCGUCUAAGAGGAGAUAAUUGGCGUGAUGUCAUUCUUAUCGCAAUCUAAUUAAAAUCUUAAUGCUUAUUCUCACUACAUUCCAUGAAUGUUCAUGGAACGAAGUGAGAAUGAGCAUCUAGAUUUUAAUCAGAUUGUUAUUAUCUACGCAAGCGAACCGUCCUGGUCACUGUCGGUUCACAGAUUCAUACUAGCCAUAUCACAAAUAAACCACGUACAUGGAGACCAUGGUCCAUCACGUGCAUGUGUUCGCAAUAUGAUGGUUAUGCUUUAUUUUAUUUCGCUUUUAUUUCGUUUCGUAUUUAUAUACAUUUCGAGUCGAAAUAAUGCAUAACCUGAAAUUGUUGAUUAUUUUUGUUUUAUUUUCCAUUCUGUUGUUUGACUUUGCUAGCAUCAGUCAGUAGUUUAUGUUGUUUGACACUGUUUAUAAACAACUGUACAAUAAAUGUCUGUUGUUUCAAUAUCAA